AGUCUGCAGGUUGCAGUGCGAAUGAGUAGCGUGCAAGAUCUCUAGUCUAGAGCAAGGGCAGUUAUUUGUACCACAGCUACAGCCAGCACACCAACUGCAAGUUUGUUCCGGGCGAGGUCUACUAAGAGGGACUCGCAUCGGCAAGUUUCGGCAGUUUAGACGCUCGACUGGUUAGGAAAAGGAGGCAACUUUCUGCUCUCUGCUACUACUGCUAAGUAUCCGCUAGUAUACCCUAUCAGUAUCAUUCUGUGACUCAUUCUCACAGCGUCGAUCAUCGACGAAAAACGUGCACACCGAGGUUCGCUUUCUACAAGAAUGGCGAAUCAUCCAGCAGAGCGGAUGGAUUUGCGUGUCCUGUCCCGGAUUGGUCUGUGGUUGACGCUGUUCAUGCUAACAUCCCACGUUAUCCAGCCGGUGUACAGUCAAACGACACCGCCAUCCAGCUCCACCUCGUGUCGUGGCGGCUUCUUCUUUGACGUGACCCUCUCCCUGUGCCUGCCGUGUGACCCGUUGUGCCUGGGCGCCGGGCAGAGACACCGCGGCUGCGAAGUGUGCUUCGCGCCGUCCACAGCCGCGCCAGCCAGUCCCACCGUGGAAUCUGCACCAGUUGCCACCACCAGCCAGGCCCAGCCCACCAAUUCAGACGAUAGCAUUGAAACUCUGACAACUAGCCCUAUUGCUGAGCAGGUUACCACCACCACCACCACCACCACCACCACAAGCAUCAGCAAGGUUGUUUCAGCAUCACCAUCUGCUGUUGACUGUAAAGGAACAGCUUGCACCAGUCCAGUUGCAGAUAGCAACGCUUCAUCACCCGCAUCCAACUCCUUCAUGGUGGACACCCCGGUAAUCGUGGCCGCUGCUAUCUCUGCCAUUCUCGUGAUUAUCAUCAUCGUCCUGCUUGCAGUCUUCAUGCAUCAGCAUCGCCGAAAGCGGGAGGCGCGGUACGGGUCCAAGACUGUGUCAGCACUCAAUCAGCCACCACCAGCCAGCGCACGACCAAAGUCGAAUGACUACGCGCAUCUGUGGACUAGCGAGCAGUCGCCGCAACCAGAACGACGGCCCAUCUCCGGUCAGUACAGCGUACCCAGGCCCCUGGCGUUGUCCGACGCCUUCUCACGUCCCUCUGCUCCCACGCCGCGUGGUCAGAAGCCACAACAGCAACCCACGUACCCGCCGCCGAUUCCGCCCACUGUCGCCAACCACCAGUGGCUGCGUGUGUCGUGCAGUCAGCCCAGCUCCAAGACCUCGACCCUGGAAAGUGAAAUCGUAGAGAUGCCCGAUGUGGAGGCUGGUAUUGCCACUCAGCACGGUGGACUAGGCCCGUCUGCGGGUCUCGCAUUCCAUCGCAUGCGCUCAGUGUCUGCCGAGAAUCUCCCGCAGCUCGUCAGUGAGAACCACCGCCGCCGCCAGAACUGGCUUGAGAUGGAGCGACGGGCCAACCCCAACCCACGGCAAGCAUCUUCUCUGGCCAGGCAGCUGAGUCGGCCGUCCGGAGCUGCACCACCCAGGGACCAAGUUCCCACUCAGCCGAUGAUGAUAACAGCGGCAGGCACGGCACUCGGUGCGGCUCAACUGUCCUCGGUGGUGGUACGCAGCACACAGCCAAAUGGUCGCUGCACCGUGCCCGUGCGGCCCUGGUCCAUGACGAACGCGGUGGACACGGAGCGACCGCUGAGUGAUACGAACGAGUCAUGCCGCAGCACAGGCACCAACAGCUCUGCGUGCACGUACAGCACGUCAAGCAGCUGCAGCCGCGGCGUGCCACAACAGCUUCAGCGCGCAUCGACUGGAGCAUCCCUGACACCCACCGCCCUGCGCAACUCCUACGGUGAGACUGGGUACGAUUCGUUCACCGAUGAAUAUUACGAUGAUGAUCAGCUUGCAUAGUGUAGUGCGCCACGCCUAGAGAACAAUGAGUAAAUAUGAAUUUGCAGAGCUAGGUUGCCCUUGUCGUACGGCAGUGCCAUAUAAAAUACGAAUUUAUAGAUUUCUAUGAUUCCCUGUAACCUGAUUCCGUGAGAUGAUCCAACCCAUCCGAAUUAUACCAUUCACAACUUGAGAAGAUUUUAUCUACAAAGGCUAUAUUAUAUAUGGUGUUCAUAAUGCAAUCGAAGGACCCGGAUACUA